AUGAAGGUGGGUAAAGGCGUUCAGACUGUGAAGAAAGUGCAGAAAGUACUGGGGAAUAUCUAUGCACUACUAAGUACUACAGUUGUAGGUGGAGCUACAGCUGUAGAGUCUGAGUCGAAUAGCACUGUCUUGUGGCAUAUGCGAUUAGGGCAUAUGGGUGAGCAUGAAAUGAAGGAGCUUCACAAGAGAAAUCUUUUGAAGGGGGUCAAAUCAUGUAAAUUGUAUUUCUGCUGGUACUGUGUACUUGGGAAACAGAAUAAGGUCCAGUUUAUGGGAGCCACGCAUAAGACGGAGGGAAUCCUUGACUACAUUCAUUCAGAUGUUUAG